GUCUAAUUCCUCCUCGUAUACAUUCAUCAGUUACAUGGCUGAUAAAUGAUUUAGCCUUAUCAUUACAUAAAAUGGAUGCAAUUGAAAGUGUUAUUAGUAUCAAUUCUUCUUCACAUUCAUCUAUUUCAUCUGUUAAUGACAUAUGCUCAUCGAUACCCUCAACAAGUUCACAACCUAUUGAAAGUGUUCAAUUCAGUGAUAAUAUUCAACAAUGGAAUGAGAUGAUAAGUGAUAGGACGAAUCAGAGCAAAUCAAUUAUAGAAGGCUCAUUUUGUGGAUUUGCAAAACACUCUGAUAACAAUUUGAUUGCCAUAUGCUUCAAUAUAAGACGUUUGGAGCCAAGUAAUGGUGCAAGUUGGGCAGUUUAUAUCAGUUAUAAUAUGACACUUGAUUUUGAUACAUCUGAUAAAAGGAAAGAGGAAGAAUCAAUUAAAGAAAAUAUCUCUGAUAAUAAGAGUAUUAGUGGAUGUAAAGAUGACAAUUAUCGACUUGAUUUUAAUGAUGAGAAAAAUUCAAUGACUACGGCUGAAAAUGAUGAUGAAAAUGCGCAAACGAUAGCUGGUGAAUAUUCGGAAUAUUAUGAUACACAACAUCUUAUUGGUAAUGGCGCUUUUGGUUCAGUGAGGUUAGCAACUCGAAAAGAUACGGGUAUUUUGGCAGUGGCAAAAUUUGUUUGCAAAUCAAAAGUUUUUUCGGAAAGUUGGGUACCAAGUCCUAAACGUGGUAAUCGUAUGGUACCAAUAGAGCUUCAUCUUCUCGAAACAUUAUCUCAUCCAAAUAUUGUUAAAUUGUUGGAUGUUUUUGAAAAUGAUUUAUAUUAUCAAUUGGUGAUGGAAAAACUUGAUUGUGGAAUGGAUCUAUUUGAAUUCAUUGAACAACAACCAAAAUUAGAUGAACCACUUACCAGUUAUAUUUUUAGACAGGUUGUUAAUGCAGUGGCUUAUCUUCAUUCCAAAAAUAUUGUACAUCGUGAUUUAAAAGAUGAAAAUGUUAUCAUUGAUCAAAAUUUUUCAUGCAAAUUGAUUGAUUUUGGAUCAGCUGCAUAUUUUGGACAUAAUUUUGUUUUUUCAACAUUUUGUGGAACAAUGGAAUAUUGUAGUCCGGAAGUUUUGAAAGGAAAUAAGUAA